GAGAUUCAGCAUGCCACACUACAAGCUGACGUACUUCAAUUUGAGAGGAAGAGCAGAAAUUAUCCGCUACCUGUUUGCCUUUUCGGGCAAGCAGUAUGAAGACCAUAGGAUAGAAGGAGCAGACUGGCCCAAAAUCAAACCAACUAUCCCAUUCGGCAAAAUCCCCAUUCUGGAAGUAGAUGGAGUUAUCAUUCACCAAAGCCUGGCAAUAGCAAGAUACCUUGCUAAAGAAGCAGGUGUGGCGGGCCAGACGCCUGUGGAGCAGGCACUAGUUGAUGCUGUUGUGGACACCAUAGAUGACUUCAUGACUCUGUUCCCCUGGGCAGAGAAAAACCAGGAUGUGAGGGAAAAAGCAUUCAACGAUAUCCUCACCAACCAAGCACCAGAGCUACUGAAACACUUGGAUGCUUUCUUAGGGAAUAAAAACUGGCUAGUAGGAGAAUCUGUAACAUGGGCCGAUUUUUACUGGGAUGUGUGCAGUACAACCCUUCUGUCCUGCAAACCCGACCUGGCAGACAACUAUCCCAGGCUCCUGGCUCUCAGAGACAGAGUACAAGCGCUCCCUGCUAUUGCGGCCUGGAUCCAGAAAAGACCAAAGACAAUUAUGUAGC